AUGGUUAUGCUACGACUAGCUGCUGAGCAGUACCGGAAACUGCCAAUACUUGUUGAUGAGGAAACAUGCCUUGGUAAAACAUAUGUCAUUACGGGGGGAAACUCUGGCCUAGGUCUUGAGACCGCAAGACGCCUCGUGGCUGCAUCAGCAGAGCGCGUCGUGCUGGCAGUGCGCAAUCUCAAGGCCGGAGAGACGGCAAAAAAGGAUAUUGAAAUAACCUCUGCUCGGAAAGGGGUGGUUGAAUUACGCCACCUCGACAUGUCAAGUUAUGAGUCGGUGCAAAGUUUUGCGCAAGAGAUAUCGCGAUCAUUGGAUAGAAUAGAUGGUUUCAUUUGCAACGCGGGUGUCAUGCUCGACGCUUGGUCGGAGACAGAAAAUAUGGAAACAAGCAUGUUCGUCAAUGUCGUCAGCACCUUGUUCCUCGGCAUUCUCAUGAUGCCCAACCUGAAGGAACGCGCAAAAAGCUUCAAUAUGAAACCAAAUCUAGUCUUCAUAGUGAGUGUGCUUGGAUACACGACCAAACGGGAGAUGGACAAAAGUCGCAAAGCUCCGAUUAUCGACGGCCUGAACGAGAAGAAGCGAGCAAACAUAAACUCGAGAUACGCCCUGACAAAGCUGGUUGAAGAGUUUGCUGUGCGUGAGUUUGCAUCUGUCUGUUCUGUCGAGAAGACGGAUGUCAUUAUCACAAUGGUCGCUCCAGGACUUUGCAACACCGGCCUGGGUCGAGACGCGGGAAGAAUUACAAAGGUCAUGCAUGAGGGAAUACGGGCCAUGAUGGCACGAAGAGCAGAGGAAGGCAGUCGCACAUACCUCCAUGGGCUGUUGGGGGGCGAUGAAGGCCACAGCAGACUGCUUUCUGGCUGCAAGGUCAAGGAAUUCUGGGUUCCUGCGUGGGUUACCAAUGAGGAGGGAAAAACUCUGCAGAAGGGCAUAUCGGACGAGCUGGCUUCCAUAUUAGAAUCUGUUCAACCGGGAUGUGUCUCACAGCUCCACUAG